UGCGUGUUUGCUUCAGACUUUGUCCGUUUGACCCCUCUCCUGAGUUUGAGCGUCAGUGCAGGUUGAUGGCGAGGUUCCGGGUGGUCCGGGUCAGAGUCAGCUGGACGGCGCUGCUGGCCCUGGCACACUCCGUGUACCUGCUGAUAGGAGCCACCGUCUUCCAGAUCCUGGAGCGAGAUGCCAAGUGCAACAACAGGAACCACUUCCAGCUGGAGAAGUUGAACAUCUUGGAAAAUUACAUGUGUCUGGACAGAGCAGCGCUGGAGGAGUGUGUUCAGGUGAUUUUGGACGCCUGGGAAAAGGGCGUGAACCCUUCGGGGAACUCGAGAAACCCCAGUAACUGGGACUUCAGCAGCCCCUUCUUUUUUGCAGGGACAGUGGUCACAACUAUAAGUUACGGGAAUCUGUCCCCCAGCACGGUGUGCGGCCAAGUGUUCUGUGUGUUUUACGCACUGUGUGGAAUCCCCCUGAACCUCGCCUUUCUCAAACAACUCGAGAAGUGUCUUACUGUCCACCUGGGCAGACUGGAGAGGGGGAUGGUCUCAGUUGUUCCACACAAGCAAACAGUUGAGGUUGUGGCCGUGAGUUUAUUCUUCGUCACUGGCAGCCUGCUGUUCCUGGUCGUUUCUCCUCUGCUGUUUAGUUACGCUGAAGGCUGGACUUUUGGCGAGGGAUUCUAUUUUGUAUUCAUUACCCUCAGCACCAUCGGUUUUGGAGAUUAUGUGGUAGGGACCGAUCCAAGCAAGCACUACAUCUCUGUGUACCGCAGCCUGGCAGGUGUGUGGAUCAUCUUUGCCUUGGCUUGGCUCGCACUCAUCUUCAACUUGGGGGCCAGAAUAAUGGAGCAUGCAAUUAGCCUGACUCACCCGGGCUUUAAUGAAGAGGAGGAGGAGGAAGAAGAGGGCACGUCAUCCACUAAACUGGAAGAUCUAACUGUAGCUGAGACGGACCUCCUUCGGGUUUUUGCUGCUGUGCUGCAACUCAUUGACGUUGCCUAUGCUUCCCUUUGUUCAUCACUGAAGGGCAGCACUAUGUACACAAGCAGAAAGCGCAGCACAGAAGAGGAGAAGAUGGGACUAAAAGAAAUCGUCAGCUUUGCUCACAUUGCCCCCAUCCUCUUACUGGGGGUGAUCUAUGUGCUCUACGUGUUGAUUGGAGGUGUGAUCUUCUGGAAGCUAGAAGGAGAUCUGGGAAAGAAAGACAUCAGCCUGAUACGGUCAAACAAAGAGAAGCUGCUGAAGACUUACAGCUGUUUGAACCAGGAGGGUUUGGAAGCAGUGGCUCAGGUUGUUCAAGAUGCGUCUAAGGUUGGCCUGAGUUUGAGAGGGAACUCUACAUCAUACGGCUUCUGGAGGUUCACAAGCUCUGCUGUGUUUGCUGCGACUGUGGUUACAACCAUCGGUUAUGGAAACAUCAGUCCCAGCACCAUGUCUGGUCAGAUCUUCUGUGUGUUCUUUGCUCUGGUUGGCAUUCCCCUCAACAUGGUGGUACUCAAUAGGGUGGGCAAAUACAUGCUGCUUCUAGAGAGAAACAUUUCUGACUUCCUCCAGAAGAGGACCAAGAAAAGGAUGUGUACUCGCUUCUUCGUCCACCUGGUGUCUUACAUGUGUGGCUUAGUUCUGUUUUUCGUGGUGCCAAUGAUCGUGUUCCAGCAGCAUGAAGGUUGGACGCUUUCAGAAGGCAUCUACUACUGCUUCAUCACCCUCAGCACCAUCGGCUUUGGAGACUACGUGGCAGACAGUAAUCCAGACAAAGUCUACCCACAAUGGUACAACAUCCUCAUGGCUUGCUGGAUCUUCUUUGGCUUGGCCUGGCUGGCCCUGAUUAUCAACCACUCCAUUGACAUCCUGGAGCGGCUCAACAAGUACUACAAACAGCAGUGGGCUGGCAGUAAGGGCGAGGAAAAGACUGCCAGUCCAGAACCAAACAGCCCUGACACACAGAUGGAAGAUGAAGAUGAGAUCAAGAAGACCCCAGUAACACAAUAA